GCUUCUUAGCUUUAUCUAAAGCUACCAUUAUUUCUAAGAAAUAUGCAGCGAAUCUUGAAUUUAAUGAUAAGAAGUCAAACAAUGACAUUUUAGGGGAACAUGAUGCUAAAUCGUUGACUGAGUGCGCCGCAAUGUGUCAAAGGGAGUGUGUGUUUUUUGGUUUUAAUCCUAAACUGAAGAAGUGCCGUACCCACAAGAAAAGUCUAACGUCUGGUACGUCUGAGGAGGCCGGCUGGAGAUACUACUCAGAUAACGAUUUUUCUAGCAUGCCCAAAGAUUGCAAAGAUCUUCGAGAAAAUGGACAAACCAUCACAGGGGUGUAUGACAUAUACCCCUACAGAACAUUAACCAUUCCAAUAACUGUCUACUGCGACAUGACCACGAUGGACGGUGGAUGGACGGCAAUUCGGAAACGCGUAGACGGGUCCGUGAGAUUUAACAGGACCAGGACGGAAUAUAAAAAUGGCUUUGGUUCACCAGAACAGAAUGUCUGGAUUGGGAAUGACAUAAUCCAUAAAUUAACGAAAGAAAACACCUCAUCCCUGUAUGUAACCAUCACUCUCCAGAGUGGUACAACGCUGUAUGAACUGUACGAUCGAUUUUCUGUCUCUGACGAAGCAGGGAAAUAUCAACUCUUUCUUGCAGGACCUGCCGAGGGAACUUUAGCUUGGGUUUCCUGA